GUUAGAAAAAAAAACGCAAAAUUAAUUAUAUUUUUAGUUUUAUUGUAGGAAAACAUUAAAUAAAUUUUGGCGUAUUAAUUACUUUUAAGUGAUCAUCAUUGGUUCAUGUGAAGUAGUGUUAAUUAUUAUGGCAGUGCUUAAAAGAAAAUAUAGUUUUUAGGUUAUUUGCCUAGAAAACGUUAUAAAUAGUGCUCCAAAUAAUCUGCUCUUGUGUGAUUUUUUUGGGAAUUUAACAUGGAUUUCGUGAAACGAGAAGACCAAAAUAUUAUCGACGAAGAAAAUUACAAAAUUUAUAUGGAAACAUUGCAAAAAUCUCAUCAAAUGGAAGCUCAGGAUUACCAACACACACCGAUAUCGAUGGAGCAACUCCACCAAGCGAUGCAAACAUCUCUAAACGGUACUAUCAUGCAUAACUUCCAGUUACCUUUGUCUCCACGUCAGAUGUCUACCCUAAUGUUUAAGACCAACCACCUAAGUCGUAGUUUGAACUUCAACGAAAUCCCAGCACACCUGCAGCGCAACUUAGAAUUAGACCUCAUUCACAACUUAUCAGAUAUGCCUCAGAAUUUACGGCACGACGAUUUGCUGGGCAGAAAUUUAGAUUUGAAUUUAUCAAGGAGUUUGGCAAAUGAAAUGGAGUUGCAGAACAGUUUAACACAGAGUUUAGUGCAGAAUAUUAAUGAGAAUUUGAUUUUACCUGAAGGGUUGACACAGAAUCUAAGGAAUGAGGUGCAUGAUAUGAAUCAUGAAAUUGAUCUUUCACAUCAUUUGAACAGAAAUAUGGAACAGCAGGAGAUUUUAAAUCAUGAAAGAAGGACACCUAUACAUUGCGCACAAGAUGGGCAUAUAUUGGAGCAGAGCUUGGUACAAAGGUUGGAGCCUGGUUUACAUCAAAGCUUAGGGCAAAGGUUGGAACAAACAUUGGUGCAGAGGUUAGAUCAGAGAGUGGAGCACACUUUAGGACAGAGAUUAGAGCAAAGCUUGGGCCAGCGGCUGGACCAAAGGCUGGAUCAAAGGCUGGGUAGUCAGAACUUACAUUUGCAUGACAACCAGCGGUUAGAGAAUGAUCAUUUAUUACCGAUGCCAUUCCACAUAAAGUCAGAGCAAGAAGAUGACGGUUACUUCUAUGAAAACAUUAACCAGCCCCUACCUAAUGUUAGCAGUAUUAAUGGCCACAUCCCGCCAGAUCACAGUCACAGCCAGACGGCGCAAUCGAACCUCAAUCCGGAUCAAAUGUACGUAUACACCAACCAAAUUAACGUACCACCCCCCAUAAAUACAGAUCAGUACCCGCGCGACCAAAACUACCCUCAAAAUUACGCGGCACCCAGGGACAACCCGCAGAACUUAGUCAUACACAGACAAUACGACAACUCCAGCCCGUACGACGAAGCGAAGAAGGAGCAUAGACAAGCGCCUAGCAAGCUAUCAAAAGUUGAAGAGCCCAAAGAAAACUUGAAGCCCAACGAUCAGAACAAGAUGUAUUAUCAGGAUUACCCGCAAGAGAAGACUGAACCGGCCAAGAGCGAAGAUGUGGCAUUGGACAUCAAAGGGGAGUACAGCUGUUACAAAUGCAAUGCGGUGCUGCCAUCUAAAAGGCUACUGAAACAGCAUUCGAAGACUUGCAGCGAACAGGACGGGGAGAACAGCGAGAAACUUGGCAAAUUCUGCUGCAGUCAAUGCUCUUAUAGGUGUCAAGCUCCUGCCACUUUGAAAAUCCAUGAACGCACACACACGGGCGAGAAACCUUUCUCCUGCACCUUCUGCGAGUACAAAUCCGGCCAGAAGAACAACGUGGCCAAACACAUCCUUGUUCACAUGAAAGAAAAGCCUUUCAGAUGUCAGUUUUGCGAUUACAGAUGCGCACAAAAGAACAAUUUAGUCGUCCAUGAAAGGACGCACACGGGAUACAAACCCUUUGCUUGCCCCUACUGCGAUUAUAGGACCGUCCAGAAACCAAAUUUAGUCAAACACAUGUAUCUUCACACGGACCAAAAACCUUUCAGCUGCGACUUGUGCAACUACAGGUGCGUUCAGAAGACUAACUUAACCAAGCACAAGCAGAGGCAUCUGAACGAAAAGGACGGGGACAAAGUUGAGGGGAAAGGCCAAAUUAAGCCUUAUCGCCCUAGACAGAAGUCUGUUAAAUGCCCUCACUGCCCUUACAGGUGCGUUCAGAAAGCUAGUCUCGAAAAACAUGUGGUUUUCAAACACAGCAAUGGUGAUAUAGCAGACCAAGGUCUUAACCUUAUGAAGACGGCGGAAGAUGAGUCUGUACAGAAUUUGUGCGUGAAAAUAGACGGUCAAAUGCUAGAGUGUUUACCUCAAGGCGUAGUGAAGGAGUCACUCCAAGUUCAGUCAUAGUUUUAAGCGUGAUAUUUUAAGUGUCAUUCUGUUUUGACUUGCGUGAUGAAUGACAACAAUUUUCUACGGUCUUUGUAAAUACGUUGUGUAGUUUUUUUUUCAAUGUUCAGUAGCUUCUGUUUUAAUGAAUUUAGUCAUCGUCCAUGCAAAUCAAAACGGAAUGGUGGGUUGUUAGAUAUAUAAAGGCUUGGAGUUUUCUCGUUUUGAAAUAUAUUUGCUCGCAUAUAUACAUAUGGAAUAUAUACAAAUGGAAAUCAGGUGCGAAAAUUCCUUCGCUUAAUCGCCCUAAAGUUUUAUGGGAAAUGCAAAUCCUUCAGCAUUAUCAGUCUCACAAAAGGAUUUAACAGCCUCCCAUGAAUUGAUGAAUGUAACCUUUUCUUCGUUUUAACGGGGACAAUGCGUUUAAGUACCGUCCCCGCCCACUGGGCUAGUGAGCGGGGGUGUGUGGGACUCUCCCGGCCAAAGAGAUAGCCGGGAAUACUCCACUAAACUCCCCGGGAACUUCGCCUCGCCAUAAUUGAGCGGGCUACGAGCAUGCGCAGGGCGCUGCCUCGUGUAGGCCUACUCGGCGGUUGAUGAAUGUAACCUAACCUAACCUAACCUUAUAUGAAAAAAAUAGAAAUCAUGUCAGCCGUGCGACGCCGACUGUUGAGCAAGGGCCUCCCCCAAGGAUCUCUACGUUGAUCAGUCUUGAGCUGUCCGUAUCCAGGGGCUUCCGUUUAAAAUUACUCAAUUAGAAUGGUCCGGGUAGAUUAAUUAAAUUUAAUGUAUAUUUGAAAUUUCAAAUAGUAAACGUAUUUAUUAUCUAUUUUGAUAUAUUAUUAUUUUGUUAUAUUAUUAUUUUAACAUAACAAUAAGCUAUUUGACAGUUUGAAAAAUAAACUACCAAUUAUUAACAUGUUGUAUUUGACAAGAAUGUUGGGAGCGAUUUCAGUAUUCUGACAAAAAUAGUAAUUGAUAAUACAUAUUACUAAAAAUCAUGAAAAAGAAACGAAGCGAAAGCGUCUAGAUUUUGUGUAGCCUAAAGUGACGUCACCUGCUUGUAAACAUGUUGUCGAAAUGACAUUAUGUACUUUGCAAUGUUAGACGUUUUAAUGACAGCCAUGUGACGUCACAUGUCCGUGAGACGACAUAUUGGCUAGAGAAACGUUUCUGCGGCAUAUUAAAAACAUAAAAUUUUAUUUUCGUUUUUUACUGACAAUUAUAAAUAUCUACUUUUAUGGUAUCACUAUACACUUACACAUAACUAAUGGACGUUUUCAACAACUCGUCAAAUAGCUUAUUGCUUGAUUUUUAUAUAUAAAGUUUUUAUAAUCUCUAAUUAAUUUGGAAAAAAAAGUGUUGUAUUGUAAAUGUAAUUCAUAUUGACUUAUUAGUUUUUUUUUUCAUCAACCAAAUCAUAUUUAAAGGAGUAAUCACUAGACUCCAUCCCUCUGAUUAAUAAACGAAGAAUAAGCUUGGAUUACAUCUAGCAGUUAAAUGCUUAAA